UACACCAUACACAAGUAAAGCAAGGGGUGGUAAAACAAAAAUGGUGGGAUGCACAAGAAGAGGUGGUGACCCUACCUCAAAGCAUGACAAUCCUAAUGUUCGAGGUAUAGGAAGAGGAAGAGGUGGAAGCAUUUCUGCACUUCCUGGUAUAGUCAUUAGAGAAAGAGAUGCAAAUAAUCAAGACAAUGGUGGAGGACAAAGACCUGUAACCAAUGGAAAGGGUAAAGAAGUAGUUAUUGAUAAAACAAAAGGGAAACAACCAAUCGUAAAGUUUGAAGGUACAGGUCAGAGUCAACCAGUGAUAACAUCUAUAGCCCCAAGGGUUGGUUUGCCAUUACCACUGGGAUGGAGGAGAUCUACAAGGAUAGGGAAUGUCCUUUUUUGGAGUCAACCAGCAGGGUCAUUUGCAGCAUUUUGUGGGAGUGGUAGUACCACUGCUAGCGCAACAAUGCCAAGCAUUGGUCAUAGACAAUUAGCCCAAGAAGAAGCAUCAACCCAAGGCAGUACCCAAAAAUCUAACACUUAA